GAACUGUCAAAAAAAAUAUAAAUGAAGCGUAUAGGUAUUUUUGUUCAGUUUUUAUAAUAAAUGUUUCAAAAUUGUAUUAUACCUAAAGAUAAGAUGCAAAGCACCAUAAAGGAGCUUCUUGACGCUUUGGGAUGUAAUUUAGAAGCAGAUACGGUAUUAGACUAUAUUCAAAACGAUCCCAAUUAUGGGAAUAGUAAUCUCUCUUCAAAACAAGUGAAUGAAUACGCACAAAGAUUAGCACUAAAGGCAUGUAACGCAAAAGUAUUUUUAAAAAAGUAUGAGGAAUUAAAAAAUCGCAACACUGAUAACUUGUCGGAUCUUGUAUUACUAUUUUAUAAAUUGGUUUGUGAUGAAAAGAAAUCUCGAAUAUCUAAGCCAAAAGUAGCUCCAAAACCUGUCCUAGGUGAUAACAAACAUCAGAUCACCAAAGAAGAUGUGCCACAGAUAAAGGACAAAUUACUUAAAGCUGUCGAUGAAAGUAAAAAAUUAGUCAUGAAGUCAUUUGAAGAGAAGGAGUCUAAGCUGCGUCCAAACUGGUAUAAUAGUCUUGAUUUGCCAAAUUGGCAAAAAGAUCAUCCUGCUAUGUCUUGGGACUUUCCCAAAGAAUCACUACCAAUAACAUUAUCUUUAUCUGGGAUUCCUGUCACAUCUCAAGAGAAUAUAAUAAUAGAUGAGCUUUUGUAUGUUUUCUCUGGUAUCUCUGGUAAUUUUAUUGUUCCAAAACCAGCAAAAGACACAUAUGAUCCCCGUACCUUCAUAAUAUCAGAUGACUUAGAUGAUGCUCUUAAACAAAUAGUGCAGCAGAUGUUACCAUUAGCAUCAAACUACUCCAUAGUGCGGAGAUUUAUAGAACACUGUAAUAUGUGGUCUGGGCAAGUUUUACAUGCUUUAGUGGCUGCUAUUGAAGUUUUGUUAAAGGAUUAUUAUACAAUGAUAGCACAACUGGAGACAGAACAUUUGUCAACAAACUUGACAUUACAGAAACUUUGGUACUUUGUACUGCCUACUAUGCACACUAUGCAGGUUUUGGCAGCUAUUGUUACCAGCAUUGGAAAGAGUGAACUAAGAGGGGGGGCAGUGUUAACUGUGCUUCAUGAAAAGACAAAUACCUUGAUGGGAGAUGCUCGUGCACAAGAAAUAUCUUUAUUCCUCACUGAGCGCUCCUGUCGGCCUUAUCUUAGUAUCUUAGAUCAAUGGAUACACAAGGGUACUAUUGUCGAUCCUUUCCAGGAGUUUAUGAUAGAAGACAAUGAAUUGAUAAACAAAGAAGAGUUACCUGUUGAUUAUUCUGCUGAUUACUGGGAGAAACGCUACAGUGUUCAAAGAGAUAGAGUACCAAAAUUCCUGGACAAAUUUGCUGACAUUAUACUUCGUACUGGGAAAUAUUUAAAUGUCAUCAGUCAAUGUGGUAAAUCAAUAACAAAAUCAAACACUGAGGAAAUAAAAUAUUCCCUUAGAGAGCAAAACUAUGGUGCUAUAAUUCAAAAAGCAUAUGCAUUUGCGAGCAAGUCCUUAUUGGAAUUAUUAUUGAAGGAAUAUGAUUUGAUGGGUAGAUUGAAAUCUGUUAAGAAUUAUUUCUUAAUGAGUCAAGGAGAUUUUAUAGUACAAUUCUUGGACGCUACAGAACAAGAGCUAUCGAAGAAAAUUGAUGACAUUAUACCAUCGAAACUUGAGUCACUUUUGGGAUUAUGUUUAAGGCUGUCUGCGGCAAGUCAUGAUCCUUAUAAUGAAGACAUGAGAGUGGAACUGCUUCCUUAUGACUUACAGUUCCAAAUGUUUAAAAUAUUGUCAAUUGAAACGGAAGAGGAGAAAGAGUACAAACAAAAUAAGGACUGUCUACCACUGACUGGAAUUGAAACAUUUUCGUUUGGAAUGGAAGUGAAGUGGCCGGUGUCACUUAUAUUGAACCACAAGGCCAUAGCAUGCUAUCAGAUGAUAUUCAGACACCUCUUCUAUUGCAAGCAUGUGGAAAGAUUGCUUUGCAGGGUGUGGCUGUACAACAAGGUGGUGAAGCGCUUCUCGGAGGCGCGGCUGUACGCGGACGCCUUCGCGCUGCGCCAGCGCAUGCUGAGCUGCGUGCAGCACCUGCAGUACUACAUGUGCGUCGAGGUCAUCGAGCCCUCCUGGUGCCAGCUCAUACAGAGCCUCGACAAGGUGAACAACGUAGACGAGGUACUGGAGCGGCAUAACGACUUCCUCGAGUCCUGUCUCGGGGACUGUAUGCUGACAAGUCCGCAGCUGCUCAAAGCUGUCACCACGCUGUGCCUUGUGUGCGUGCAGUUUUGUACUUUCAUGCAGGAGAUGCACAAGUACUUCGUGGACGCAGAGCUUAACAGUAUGCUUGGAUCAACGUAUGACAAUAUUGACUAUAGUGAGACUUUCACGGGUGCGAACUGUGGUACUACUACUGGCGGUUCAGCGGAUUCUUUUUCGCGUUCAGUAUCUCGCUACGGGUUGAGAUUCACCGCAGCAUUGCUUUCAGUGCUCGCCUACAUUGAAAGGAUGGCUCGAGACAACAACACCAAUAAACUACUCAAUAUUUCCGCAAGAUUAAACUUCAAUACAUACUACGUGAAACAAUUGGAGAAGUUUUGCUCUGAUGACAAAUUGCUCGAAGCGGACAAGAAGUCCUAGCGGUCAGCGCCGCGUGUCACCGCGGUCUAACUCUUGUAACACGAUGUUAACGAUUUCAUACCAAGACUUAAACAAUAACAAGAACACCAAUCAAAAUUUAUGUUCAAAGAUAUUUUAGCUAUUGCAUGUAACAAAAUUAAUUUUGCCAUAUUAUUUUAACGUCUUAAUAAGACAUUAAACGUAGUUCGAAUAUUCUUUUUUUAAAUAUCUAUCAGUUCAAUCCAAAUAAUAUUGCAAUGCGUUUCCUAAUUAUUAAAAUAAAAAAAUUAAGCUGUAACUAAAAUUUUAAGAUAUUAAAAACGGCUUGCUUUAAUAGUUACCAGUAUUAGAAUUGUUAAUCUCACCUACGAAUAAUUACACGAUAUUAAUAUUUACAUAUUUAAAUUGGCACAAUAGCAACACUCAAUUAUUAUUAGUAGAGAUCCAUCCGUAUAAUUGUGAUGAAAACGUACUCUUGAUACAAGUACAAAUUAAUCUUAAAAUACUCAAUGCGUUAUUUUUUUAUGCCAAAUUCCGAUUGAAGUGCAGUAUACAUUUUAAAAGUAAUUAAAUAUCCAACUAGAUACAUUGCUAAUUUUUAUGUUUUAAAAAAUUUACACGGCCGCAAAUAUUUUUAUAAGUAAAUUUGUCGUGCAUGUAUAAAAUCUUUUAGGCUGUCAACACAUAUCUUCAAGAUUAGCAUUAAAGAUACAUACGAUUUUGACUAUGAAAGUGUAUUUUAUUGAAUAUGCUAUACUUACGUUAGAUUUUAUCUAUCGAUAUCAAAUAGCAGUUAAUAAAGUAGAAUCUCGGAACAAAUAUUACGAAAUAUCUCAGUUUUGCUCUCUAUGCAAUAAAUAUUUUAGGUUUUUGAAUAUACUUGCCAUAAUACAAUCAAGCCAUGAUAGACGUUAAGUAAAUGUUGUGAAUGUGAUGCGUGUUGUGAAGUGUUUGAAAGUAAAUCUUCCAUAGUGAAACAAUUUCAAAUUGGCUGUGCAGUGUAUUAAAAUUUUAUUGCCACUGUUUGUACAAUUUUGUUAUAAAAAUGUCCGACAUGAAUUCCUUCUAUUGUAAGUUUAUUUAUCUUUUUUUAUCAAUCGCUGUCACUUGAGAAAAGCAGUUCUUUAACAUGUUUUAAGCCCAUUGUUUUAGCUUUUUUUUUUACAAAAGUUUGUUUCAUAUGUAAAUCUUGUAUCGUAGAAUAUUUUAGCAAAUAAAUAAC